AGUCAAAACCCAAACGAGCCCUGCUCAAAUACUCGUGGUUGGUGGUAAGUGGCUCCAGACUUCCCAUAUUGAAUACGAUCCCAUCCAGCACUCCCAAGAAAAUUUCGUAACUGACACUCAACAAAAGAAAACCAAGAAAUGUCAGUGCACAACCACUCAGCCGUCUUCCUUACAAGACCGCCGCCACCAGCGGCGCUUUUAUCUCCACCGUGUAGAUUAAACAUGAUUUAUCUUCGUAAUAAUUGCUUUACGAGUAGUGAUUGUAAAUUGAUCAUGCAUGCUACAAUAGCUGGCAGCAAUGGGAGCAGCAGUGGUGGAACCACUGCUGGCGGAGGAAGAGACGGUAGAGUGAAGAAAAAAGGAGUGCCGAAUUCGAAUUAUGUGGUGCCGCUUGAUAAAUCUUUGGCCUCUGCUUAUACUUCUUGUAUUACCCGGCCUCUCUCGGAGAUCUUGCGUGAUCUCAAUAAGAGGAUUCCUGAUAAUAUCAUUAAGCCUCCUAAUUCUUCUUCUACCUUGAUCCCCUGGCACCACGCGAACCGAAUGCUCAGCUUCUAUGCUCCUGGAUGGAGUGGAGAAAUACGUGAUGUUAUAUUUGCGGAAAAUGGAAGUGUGACUGUGAUAUUCCGUGUCACCAUUCUAGGAUCUGAUGGAGAGGCUCAUCGUGAAUCAUCCGGGACAGUAUCAUCCAGUGAUGGUGACAUUGAAGAUCCAGUCGCUGCAGCAGAGGAAAUAGCUUUCUGCAGAGCAUGUGCCCGGUUUGGUCUUGGAUUGUAUCUGUAUCAUGAAGAAUAGAUGUUAUAGAUGGCAAGGUGGUCGACCUUAAUAAAUGUGUCUGGUUGUUUUCUGUUUUGGGAUAUCGGAUUAUACCUAAUACCUGCCCUUACAACAGAUGUAUAUGUACACUAUUCUCGGGUUUGGCUUGGGCUACGUAGAAAGGAGAAUCUUUUAGCUGCUCACAA